UAGCCUCUGACCAAGAAUAAAAAUUGUUGUCGGAAUAAUAUGCGAACAGAUCAUGAAGAACUCUGUGGCACCAGUUAUGGAUCUUUUUGUCUAAAUGGAGGGAUUUGUUAUAUGAUUCCUACUGUAUCCAGUCCAUUCUGCAGGUGUAUUGAGAAUUACACAGGAGCCCGUUGUGAGGAAGUUUUGCUGCCCAGCAUCAAGUCCCAAACAAAAGGUGACCUGUUUGCAGCUUUCUUGGCUUCACUGCUUCUUCUAGGAUUUCUUGUAAUUGGAGUAUUCUACUUCCUUUGCAGGAAAGCUUCCAUUCCAAGGACAAGUUCUUCAGAGUGUGGUGCCAGCCUGGUUGAAACAACAAGCAGCAACAGCUGCAACAAAAUAAUAACAGAGUAA